UAUCGAUCAUAUAUCAUAUAUGCCGGUACAGCAAAUUAAAGAAAGUGAAAAGAGGGCAGAUUGACCAGAGAGAGGUCAUGAUCUGGGGUUCAUCAGAUCAUGAUCUUGAUCUGUCUCAUUCUGAAUAUCCCUCAAACGCAGCAGCAGCCUCAGCCUCAGUCUCAUCAUCAUCAAUGGAGUCCAUAUCCUUCAGAUGUUUCAUCGAACAAAAUCUGGGCAGAUCUGCACUCUUCCUUAUAUAUUCUGUUCUUGAAUUUGUGAUGAUCGUUUUGCUUUUGGUUGAUGGCUUCUUGGCCUUCUUUUCCUAUGAAUUCGCAAAGUUUUUCGAAUUGAAAAUGCCUUGCUUCUUUUGCACUAGAAUAGAUCAGGCUUUGGUCCACAGGAACUUGAAUUUCUAUUACAAUGAUACCAUCUGCGAGUCCCACAAAAGGGACAUUUCCUCCCUUUCCUAUUGCCAUGUCCACAAGAAAAUUUCUGACAUCAAAACCAUGUGCGAGAACUGCCUUCUCUCCUUUGCACCCGACAAGGAUUCCUCCGAUUACUAUGCCGCCGACGAUGUUAAAUCCGUCAAUGUUUUCGCCGACAAGCCCAAUUUUCAGAGGUGUUCUUGCUGUAUGGAGUUUCUCGGCGGGAAGGGAAAGUACACCCGGAGCAUGUCACAGGUGGCGCCGCCUCCCUCCCCGAGGGCCUGGAGAAACAAUGAAACCGACCAUCCGGAUGAUAAUGAAAAUGCCACUAAUGGAGACGGCAGGGAUGAUAAUAGAUCCCUGGCAGUAUCCGAGGAGGAGGAGGAGGAGGGGCUAGAAGAUUCUUCAUGCAAGACGCCUUGUAAUAGAGGAGGAAACAAUAAGUUUGUUGGAAUCCCAUUGUCAGAUAGUCCUAGGAUGUCCACCAAAAAGACCAGAACCAUGUCAAUUGAUUAUUCAGCACUCUCAAGAUCAGAUCCUAACAACUACGAUCUCGUAACCACCACCGGUUUCAACGAAGGCAACGGAUCUGCAGGCAUCAUUCAGCACUUGAAGAGGCAGGUUCUUCUGGAACGCAAGUCUCUGGUGUCUGUGUGUAUGGAAUUGGACGAAGAGAGGAAUGCUUCCGCCAUUGCCGCCAACAAUGCAAUGGCAAUGAUUACACGGCUGCAGGCUGAGAAGGCUUCCAAGCACAUGCAGGCGUCGCAGUACCAGAGAAUGAUGGAAGAGCAGGCGGAGUAUGACAGGGAAGAAAAGCAGAUAUUGAAGGACAUGAUUUUGAAGAGAGAGGAGGAAAUUGAGGCUUUGGAAUCUGAUCUGGACGUAUAUAGAGAUAAGUUUGGACCUAUAAACUUGGCAUGCAGUGAAUUCUUCGAGAUUGAAGGCGACGAUGAAUUUCACUCCCUCAAAUUCCAAUCCUUAUCAUCCUUUGGUGAAAUGUCGUGCCGGAGUCUUACCGAUGUACUAGAUCAUCAUGAAGUGUAUUUAGAUUCUGACAAUGAUAGAUCCCACCAUUCGGCCUUGCUGAGAACCAUUCCUGAAACCACCAGCGCCACACCUGCAGUACAACUACCUGAAAAAGUUUGUCUGGGAGACCAUCCCCAGGAUGAUGAUGAUGAUGAUGAUGAAUCUCCUCCAUCACCUGCUGCAGAACUAAAAGUUUGUCAGGGAGACCCUGAAUCUCCUCCAUCACCUGUAGAACUACCUGAAAAAGUUUGUCAGGAAGACGAUGAAAGUGCGUGCAGUACUGUAGGAACUCAGAAUAAUGUUUUCCUGACAAGAGAAAGCAAUUCGUCAAUGAAAGAGAGGGAGGAGACAGAUGAAGAAGAAGAAGAGAGCUAGUGAUGAUUAUUAUAUAUAUAUGAUGAAGGAAGCUAGCUAGCUAAGAUGAGUGGGUGCGUGGCUUCUGAUGUACUAAAUGCAUGCAUGCGCACUGCUACGACAUUAUAUUACAGAUCGGAUCAGAUGAGAAGAGGAAUUGAUGAUCGAAUUGAAUUGAAUGAAGCGAUAAUGGAGCUAAUGAAUUAAAAGCUUGAGUCUGUGAAACGUACUAGCUUAGCAUGCAGUCUACAUGAUGAUUUUCCGACAGAUCCCUGGCCUUUUUUGAUCGAGGAGAUUCCUUUCAUAAUCUCUCUCUGCAAGGCAAUUAAGGGAUCGGAGCAAAUUAUUAAAUUAGGUAUGUAGGCAGUAGACUGUAUGUAGAUUGAGCUGCUAGACUGCACCAAAAAUUUUGCAAAAAUCUAAUAUAUCUCACAUUUCUUA